AGACUGGCUAGGAGAUGGCUGUUUCAAUCCGUUAUAUUCCGGCAGAAACCUCCACACUUGCUGCCGUCCUUGACUGCUACAGGGUAGCAUCCUCGUUAUGCGCCAUUCCGAUUUGAGUAACUUCAAGAAGCCUUCUGGAAUGUUUUGGUGCCGAUUCCGGCUGUGCUGUGUUGACUGUUGGCCGCCAUAACCGCUUACUAAGGACCAAAUGAGAAGCUGCUGCGGAUGCGUCAACCUCGGGUACAGCACAAGGGACAUCGUCCGCUGGACCAUCAAAUUCAGCUGCCACCUGGAUGUCUGUUGGGGUAUACCAAAAAUCCACAAAUUUUUUACCUGCAAACAAACCGAUCGUGUAAAGAGCGAGCGAACACCCCGUUGUUUCUACAACACCAGCGAGACCAGCUAUAUUGCUUAAGCCUCCCACAGGAAGCAGCAACUAGCUUGUGGUUCUCGGUUAAUGAUCCAAUUAGGAACAGCAUUCACUUCAUCGGUGGACGAUCACCAACAACCUAUCUCGAGUCUAUCUACGGUAUCACCCUAAGAUACAUUCAUAGCUGUGAAUGGGGCCACACACCUGUUGUGGACCAGGGCUCAUCGACGUCGACGAUCUCGAUUUCAUGGGCUUAUGUGGAUCACCUCUUUUCUCUCUUACAGCCAGGCAUUCUAUCUUACCAUUAUGGCAUAAACCUGCGCUCGUGCAUACCCUCAGUUGCAAGACAAUAUGACCCGCGAUGUCAAGCACGAGCACGUCACCGGGUUCCGCGACUAUGGAUGAUACAUUCUAGUCUUUCAAAACGGCGCUUCUUCUGGUAUAGAUCUCAUGAAGUCGUGUGGAACUUUAUGUAGUCGGAUGCUUGCUAUUUAAACUCCGAUUGUAGCGCGAAGUAUCUCCUGGUACCCAC